AUGGAACCAUCUAGUGCUGCUAGCAGUGACAACGAGGCAGUUGAAGCGCCAGCGCUUGCUCCUUCAUCGAGCGACGGAGAAGUUGCAGACUCGGUGUUUGGCAGAUUUUCCGCAUUGAUGAAGGAAAUUACGGGCACAUCCACCGAUACCAAGGAGGCAUCCACGAGUACAAGUCCCGCUCCUGCAUCUUCGGAAUCCAAUGUAUUUAAAGAAGAGAAUGAACCGAAACAACAACAAGCUGAUUUGAAACCACGGACGUAUGUUGUUCUCGGGGAGAAAUUCGAUAGCGCCCACGCGGCUAAAGAACGCAUCCAACGUCUAUUGUGGCUAUCAUACCGUUGUGGGUUUGAGCCGAUACCCAAAUCUGAGGAUGGGCCGCAGCCGAUUGCAUUUUUCCCGUCUAUAGUCUUUAGCAGGCUGACCUUGAGCAACUUGAACAAUUUGAAAAGUUUGUUGGAUAAAGAGCAUUUCACGAGCGACGCAGGCUGGGGAUGCAUGAUUCGAACGUCUCAGAACCUCUUGGCCAAUGCGUUGUUGAAAUUGAACCUAGCCGCGGGCGAAGCGCACACACAGGAAAAGAUCAUUGAUUUGUUUCAAGAUAAUCUGCAGGCGCGGUUCUCAUUGCACAACUACAUCGACGCCGUGAGUGGCGAGCCGUUGAAUAUCGAACCGGGGCAAUGGUUCGGUCCCAACGCGGCGUCUCUUUCUAUGAAACGACUCACUGAAAAGAUGCAUGUGGGCAACACGAAAGCAGCCGAGGUGACGAUUCCCUUUGUAUACGUGAGCGAAAACUGCGACUUGUACGAUGAUGAGAUUGAAGGUUUGUUUGUUAAGGAGAAACGGCCGCUCUUGUUGUUGUUCCCCAUACGACUAGGCAUUGAUCAAGUCAACAGAUACUACUACCUGAGCAUAUUGCAGCUACUAUCGUCUCGCUUCAGUGUCGGUAUAGCCGGCGGCAAGCCGUCGUCAAGCUUCUACUUUAUCGGGUAUGAGGAAGACGACGAGUUGAUUUAUUUCGACCCCCACUUGCCGCAAGUCGUUGAGAGUCCCUGUCGCAUGGAAAGUUACCACACUGCUGAUUACAGCAAGUUGAAGAUUAGCAUGUUGGACCCCUCGAUGAUGAUUGGGGUGCUUUUAGAGUCGAUGAAGGAGUACCAGCAUUUCAAGCUAGAAUGCAGUGCGGCAAAGAACAAGAUUCUACAUUUCCACCCAUUGGUGACUACUGCUGCGCAAGAGUCGUCAAUAAACCAAUCUUGGGAAGAAGUGCAAGGCGAAGAGGACUUUGUCAAUCUAAGUGUGGUUAAGAAUGAAGAAGAGUUUAUAGAUUUGGGCAAGUAA